AUGCUGCUGGAAGACAUGCUUAAUCACCAAACAAAGAUCCCAACUGAGUGGCACACCUCCAUACGUGAAGUUGGUCAGAAAUUUGAUAGUGCUGCUGAAGUUAGAUUAGCACUUCAAUACUAUUCAAUUGCUAAACGGUUCGAGUAUGAAUCCAUGGUGCAUGCAACUAAUCCAGGGAGUCGUGUUGUUAUUGAUGCUGAUGACGGGAGGUUCAAGCGACUGUUCAUUAGUUAUAAUGUCUGUAUUGAAGGGUUCAUUGCUGGGUGUAGGCCUCUAUUAUUUUUGGAUGGAACAUUUAUUAAAGAUCGUUACAGAGGCAUACUACUUAGCGCUACUGGGUAUGACGGCAACCAGGGAAUAUUUCCCCUAGCUUAUUGCGUAUGCGACCAAGAGAAUGAGGUUAACUGGAAAUGGUUCUUACAAGGAUUAUGGACGUUACUGUAUGAUAGGGAAAAUCCUUACCAACCUCCACAUCUACUGGUAAUGAUUUCAGACGCCGACAAGGGUAUCAGGGCAGCAGUCGAGGAAUUCUUUCCAGAUGCAUUCCAUUCAAGGUGUGUUCUGCAUCUAGUCGAGAAUUUCAAAAAGAAGAUGAAGGAUUUUGGGCACAAGGCAAAUGUCGCGACUACGUUGGGCGAGCUAUUACAAUCUGCGGCUUAUAAGUUCACAAUAUCUGAAUGGGAUAAUGAUAUAAAAGAAUUGGCAGCGAUCGAUCAUAGGGCUUACGUCACUGUAAUGGAAUACUCCCCGGAGAGAUGGGCAAACGUGCAUUUUCCUGGUAUAAGGUAUGGCCAUGUUACUUCAAACGUUGCUGAGUCCUUCAACAGCUGGAUAAGAAAGGCACGAUUGUUGCGAAUCUUACCUUUGGUUGAGACCAUACGGAAGCAAAUAAUGGAGCGCAUGCAUGAAAGGAGGCUAUUGGGUCAGAAAUGGUCUGGAUACCUAUGCCCGGAAGCGGAGUUGGUGCUGAGUGAUAACAUUCAGCAUGGUAGCUGCUUGGCGAUUAAACAUUCGACGGAAGAUAUUGUGGAGGUCGAGUCCAAUAAAACUUGCCGCGUAGAUUUGAAGAAUCGGACUUGUUCUUGCAGGUCCUGGGACAUCACCCGUAUUCCCUGCAAACAUACGUACGCUGCAAUUUCAUGGAUGGGACGAGAAAUUUAUCAAUAUUGCGAUUGGUACAUGACUGUUGACGCAUUCAGAGAAAGCUAUGCACCGAUCAUCUAUCCCAUCCCAGAUUAUGAGAAGCGCUUUGUACCGCCAGAAGAUCGAGUGUUGAAGCCUCCUCUCACCAAAAAAAGACGUGGUAGACCAUGCACUAGACGAAUAAACAACAGGUCGCUGAACACCCGACCGGUUAAGUGCUCUCGAUGCAACAUGGAGGGUCGCAAUCGUGCAAGCUGUAACGAGCCUAUAUAG